UUGUUCGGGCUGAGGCCUGGGAACCUGCGAUUCGUCGUCAGAGUCUUCAGGAGCGACUUGCUUCUGCUUCGCCAUGGAAACUCCGAAAUUCAGGAGGGAAAAAGUGAAUUUAGGAUUAGGGUUUGUCUUAGUUCACUCUCUGGACAGUGAGAGAGGAUCCGCAGAAAUCACGUGACGAGUUCAAAUCCAGAUAAAUAUUUAGUACAUCUGAAUAUUUAGUACAUCUUUAUCAAAGACUUGCGCCGCAAAAGAAUGAGUCAGGUUUGUAGCUUCUUUUCCAAAUCUGUGAAUCCAAUUCUUUUCCGUGCUAAGUUAGCUCGUAAGAUUGAGAAUAUUCAAAAGGAGUUUAAUAAUGUCGCUGAAGAGAUGUCUAAGUUGAACCUGAAUCGGAGUUCGGUAAUUCUUAAGCAAGAUGAGUGUGGCUGGAGGGAAACAAGUUCGUCCGUUUUGCAAUCAGAGAUAAUUGGAAGGGAAGAGAAUAAAAGUGACAUUGUUAAGUUGCUGAAGCAAACCCAUCCGAACCAAAAUGUUUCUUUAAUUGUUGUUGUUGUUGGUAUGGGGGGUUUAGGCAAGACAGCCCUUGCUCAGCUCGUGUACAAUGCUGCUAAAGACCAGAACCUCUUUCAGAAAUAUAUAUGGGUGUGCGUUUCAGAAAAUUUCGAGGUGAAAACUGUUUUGAAGAAGAUCCUGGAGUCUUUGAAGAAGGAUGCUGGUGGUGACUCAUUAGAGGCCCUACAACAGAAGUUGCGAGAAGCAUUGAAUGGGCAAAAUUAUAUGCUUGUGCUCGAUGACGUGUGGAAUGAAGAUCAUUUAAAGUGGAGUGAUUUAAGAUCGAAUUAUUUUCAGAAGAAGUAUCAGAGAUGCAUUAAGAGAAAUGUUGUUGGUAUUGAACUACUUGAUCUGCUUUUGGUGUGGAACACCUCUGAUGUCAUCACCUCUCUUAAUUUAGUUGGAGCUCCCUUCCAGUCUUUGCAAUAUUUGCCGAGACAGAAAAGUUCUUGGGCAAUGACAUAUAACUCACUAUCCAAUAGAGCGCCAGUUCUUAGAAGAUUAUUGGGUUUGGAUUCUCAUAUUGCCUCUUCAUUUUCCUUGUUUAUAAUUAAAUUUGCCGUUCAAGCACGAGCUUUAUCUGGCUUCAUGCGAUAACGAUUACGUGACUUG